UGCUCAGCUAACAAAGAUGGCGAGUUCCCGGGAAAUCGAAGGUCAUUGCCCCACCCGACGUACAAACUGUUCUACCGGUGAUUUCGGAACGUUAUGAGUGAUCCUGUUAAGAAAAUAUCUACAAGCUCCAAGAAAAGCCUAAAAACACUUCCGGAAUGCGGUGAAAAUGACGGCAUUGUUGUUACAACAGGUGGCUCAGAAAAGUGCGCGGUACCGUCGAGCACAAAACAUCUUCCCUCGACUACAGCAGGGAAACAAACAAUGCAGUCAACUUCCAGCUCGGACGCUGCUGACGGUGAUGUAGCAUUGAAUAGGCGAUCAUUUCAUGCUCAGCUGUCUAGAAGUUUCUUUCAGUCGCGGUCUUCGAGUUCGUCCUCUGUAGAUGGUGGUUCUUCAAGUCCGUCGAAAAGCCGUCUGGGCACGGUUCCUGUGGAGGAUCCUAUCACACACGAGAAUGUUGUAAACAGUAAAGUUUUGUUGUUGUAUACUGGUGGUGCGCUUGGAUGGAAGGUAGAUCCAAACCUAGAAGGAUUCCAUCUUGAUAAGAAACAUGUACUGAAAGAACUGAAGAAGCUUCCCAUGAUGCAUGAUGUGGAGUAUGUUGACUACAUCCUUAGCAAUGUACUGGAUGAUAUUCCAGAGGAGGGCAUUGGAUCAGACACAAUUGUGAUGCCAGUCAGCAAGUAUGGAAAACGUGUGUUUGUUGAUGUUCUUGAGAUGAAAGAGAGUCAUGUAGUUGUUCAUUCAAAAGAUCAAGACAUUCACGACUGGAUCAAUAUUGCACUGCAAAUCAAGGAAUGUUAUGAGAAAUAUCAUGGAUUUGUUAUUCUUCAUGGCACAGAUACCAUGGCAUAUCUUGCAUCAGCACUCUCAUUUAUGUUUGAGAACCUUGGAAAGUCAGUGAUCUUCACUGGUUCUCAGUAUGCUUUGAGUGAUCAUCUAAAUGAUGGAAGGCAAAAUCUUCUUGGAGCUCUAAUGAUUGCUGGCCAUUAUGUCAUCCCAGAGGUGACUUUGUUCUUCCAUGGAAAACUGUACCGUGGCAACCGUGCCUUGAAGGUUGAUGCACGCAGAUUUGGUGCAUUUGACUCUCCAAACUGCCCUCCUUUGGCAACAGUAGAAGCUGGUAUUGAAGUUGAGUGGGAGGAGCUGUUUUAUGAAAAUCAAGCAAGGAAAUUUGAAAUACAUACCAAGAUGAGCUCCAGUAUAGGAGUGCUGAGAAUUUUCCCUGGAAUUACACAGGAAGCAGUACAUGCUUUUCUAGAGCCUCCAAUCGAGGGAGUCGUUCUCGAGACUUAUGGCAGUGGUAAUGGCCCUGAUUCACGAAAAGAGCUCUUGGAGGAAAUACGAGCUGCAGCUAAACGCGGAGUGAUCAUUGUGAAUUGUACUCAGUGCUUGUACGGUCAUGUUGUGGAUUCGUAUGCAACAGGCAGGGUUUUGGUGGAAGCUGGUGUGAUUUCAGGAAAUGAUAUGACGGUCGAGGCAGCGCGUGGAGAGUUGACACCGUACAAAGACGAAAAUAUGCAACAGUUUUCUUUGCGGGACAAUGAACUGAUCGAUGCAGUGGCUUCACAUUUCAAAGUCGGUUCAACCGAGGAAGUGAGGUUCAUCAAGCAAGCAUUAUUUCCAGUGUUAAUGUGUCACGCUGCAGGAAGGGGCGACAUUGAUGCUAUGGAAGACCUGCGUCAACAGGGUGGUUUAUUAAGCGCUGCUACAAGUCACGAUGGCCGCACUCCGAUUCAUGUAGCAUGCCUGGAGGGUCAGCUGCAAGUCAUUCGGUAUCUUCUGGAGAAAGGUGCCUCGCCGCACGUUUUCGAUAAUCAUGGACAAACCCCUUUGCACGAUGCCAUUCGUAGUAAUAACGAGGAGGCCAUUUUACUUCUCAGGGAGUUUGGGGCUCAUUUAGGACCCACCACCGUGAACACAGCCCUUGAAAUAUGCUCUCUUGCCGCUGAUGAUAAGGUCGAUAGAUUGCGGGCCUGGCACUUAGCUGGAGUUGAUUUUAAUGUUGGUGAUUACGACAGGAGAACGGCUUUACAUGUGGCUGUUUGUCGAAAUAAUGUGAACACGGUUAAAUUUUUGUUGGAGUGCGGCGUUGAUUUGAACUCGCGAGACCUUUACGGCUUUACACCGCUGAAAAACGCAGAGAUUUUUGAAAACAGAGAAAUGAUGAAACUACUCCAGUCGGCGGCAGAAAAGACAAAUGACGCAGUUGACCAGUAAAGAGGAGCUACAAAGCUCGUGUAACCUCAAUGCGACUAUUGAACAAUUUUCAAUUCAGUGUUAAGAGGAAUCCGCACUUGUAGAGGCCAUUUCUGAAUAAACUUUGGCCUCUUUUUCAAAACAAGGCCUGGUGGUCAACCGUUCGUGUGAAAAUGAGUUUAAUUCGGAUGUGAAUGAAAACCUAUGACGUAUGAAAGCAUGAGCACCAGGACUCGCUCGGAAACAGAGGCCAAAAGUAAUUCGAUGAUUUAUCUAUGAGUCGCACCAGCUUCUCAACCAAUCAUAUCCAAUACUGAAUCAAACCGCGACUUAGUCACCCGCGUUUUCCCGCCACUGAGGCAGGUUACUUGUUAUGACCAGGGGUUCUCAUUGGCUCCUUGUUAUGUUUCCUUUGUUUUGAUUGACCGUUGUGAUUGUUUGAUUCAAGUUUUGUGACGUUCAACCCGUUGAACAAUGGUUUGUUCAAUUUCAGAAGAGAAAAUCGCCUGAGAGAUCAUGUAAAACAACGGAUACGUGAAAUUGUAGCUGAAAUAUGAAGUUUCCGAAAUCGCGGAAGCUGGUAUUAUUUGAAACUUCAAGCAGCAAUUUAACGGUUAAUGGAAACAUCUUACCGUCUUCUUUCGAUUGUUUGGGUGUAAAGUGAAUUUUUAUUAAUAAUAUUGAAUAUAUUUUAAAAUUUUUUCUGACAUGAAUUUAAAUGAAAAACACUAUUUGAAACUUCCAUGCUACAUUUGUUGGGGUAUUUUAUUUAUAUUGAACAUUGAUUUUCCGUUCUAAGAGUUAUCUAGUUAUCUAUUUAUAUUGAAUAUCGAUUUCUGUCCUUAGAGUUAUCUAGUUGUGAAGUUUCAACAAUUUUUUGUCUACUGACGGUGAAAAGAAAUAGUUUUCCUAGAGAGGGCGAGGUGAAGUUGAAAAUUGUCGACUUAAAAUAAAAAUCUUUGAACGAUA